CAUGUCCCGCGGGCUCACGUAAGCUCCCGGAAGUGCUGGCUGCUAAACGGAGGAUGAGGUGGCGAGGGCUGCGGCUAGCCGUGGAGCGCGGGACUGGCACAGGGCUGAGUGUGUGCUCCUGGCGCGUGGGACCCUGCAAGCUGGCGCCCAGGCAGAAAGAAUGAUGUGACUCGUACCCUGUGCAGCCGUGCCGGAGGGUCCCGAGGGCCAUGGCCUUGCCCGGCUUGCUUCAGAGAGGACGUCUGCUCACUCGCUUCAGCCAUCACCACGUCGUUGUGUUCCUGCUCACCUUCUUCAGUUAUUCAUUGCUCCAUGCUUCAAGAAAAACAUUUAGCAAUGUCAAGGUCAGCAUUUCCAAGCAGUGGACCCCAAGUGUUUGGAACACAUCUGCAGAGCUGCCCGUGGAGAUCUGGAGCAGCAACCGGCUAUUUCCCACCACAGAAGAUGCCACACUCUUUCUUGGAACACUAGAUACCAUUUUUCUCUUCUCCUAUGCUGUGGGUCUGUUCAUCAGUGGCAUCGUUGGAGACCGGCUGAACUUGAGAUGGGUGCUGUCUUUUGGCAUGUGCUCAUCUGCAUUAGUGGUGUUUGUCUUUGGCACGCUCACAGAAUGGCUGCAUUUCUACAACAAAUGGUUCUACUGUGUCCUGUGGAUCGUGAAUGGCCUGCUGCAGUCCACCGGCUGGCCCUGUGUGGUGGCUGUGAUGGGCAACUGGUUUGGCAAAGCUGGCCGAGGUGUGGUCUUCGGUCUCUGGAGUGCCUGUGCCUCUGUGGGCAACAUACUGGGAGCCUGCCUUGCCUCCUCUGUCCUGCAGUAUGGCUAUGAGUACGCCUUUCUGGUGACAGCAUCUGUGCAGUUUGCUGGCGGGAUCGUCAUCUUCUUUGGACUCCUGGUAUCACCAGAGGAGAUCGGUCUUCCAGGUACUGAAGGAGAAGACAACCUUGAAGAAGACUCCCACAGGCCAUUAAUUGAUGCUGAAAAUGAAGAUGAAUAUGAGCCUAAUUAUUCCAUCCAGGAGGCUAGUGCUGUUGCCCAAGUGAAGGCCAUAAGCUUUGGCCAGGCCUGCUGCUUGCCAGGUGUUAUCCCGUACUCCCUGGCCUAUGCUUGCCUGAAGCUGGUGAAUUACUCCUUCUUCUUCUGGCUGCCCUUCUACCUGAGUAACAACUUUGGCUGGAAGGAGGCUGAAGCCGACAAGUUGUCCAUCUGGUACGAUGUUGGCGGAAUCAUAGGUGGGACCCUGCAAGGCUUCAUCUCUGACGUCCUGCAGAAGAGAGCGCCAGUGCUGGCCCUCAGCCUGCUCCUGGCAGUCGGCUCCCUCGUGGGGUACAGCCGGUCUCCCAACAACAAAUCCAUCAACGCACUCCUGAUGACGGUGACAGGAUUUUUUAUUGGUGGUCCUUCUAACAUGAUCAGCUCGGCCAUUUCUGCAGACCUGGGUCGCCAGGAGCUGAUCCAAGGCAGCAGCGAAGCCUUGGCAACUGUCACGGGGAUUGUGGAUGGGACCGGGAGCAUCGGUGCCGCGGUGGGCCAGUAUUUGGUGUCUUUGAUCCAGGACAACCUAGGCUGGAUGUGGGUUUUCUACUUUUUCAUUCUCAUGACGAGCUGUACGAUUCUGUUUAUCUCCCCGCUGAUCGCAAGGGAGGUGGCUGCUCUGACGCAGCGGAGACAAGCUCACGUAUUGGGCGAGUGACUGGUGCUCAUGAGAAGCAAACAGCAGAGGGACACACGAGGACUGUUAGGUAUUGGCUGUCUCCGUGCCACCCUAACCUCAGCAUAGGAGGCCUUAGCACUGCUGGCCACCCAGGACCCCCGUCACAGGGAAGCUGUGCUGGGUUUUCUACACUACGGAAUUAGUGUGCUGACUUCAUUGUUUUCUGAAUGUACUGAGUGGGGUCAAAGCCACCAGCAUCUUCAUUUGGCCUACUGGGUCUGUCCUUUAACCUUAAUUGUCCCGGCCUUGGACCGCUGUUUACCAGGAUUUGAGGGGACAGGUGACAGUGUUUGCUUGAAUAAUGUAUUCACGGAGAGCAGCUCACCUCUGAAGCAUUGAUCACAGUGCAGACAGGGCUCCAGCAGACGGAGCCGUGAGCCUGCCUGGGACAAAGAAGGCCUUACUUCGAGGUGCAUCCUGGUCUCCAAGGCAACUGCUCCUGACCAAACACAGCUUCGCAUGAUCGCCAACAUGUUCUCCUCUGACAUUGUUCUCGGUGACUUUGGCUCCUGGAGUGUUUAGUCUUUGUGACAUUUAGCAUUGUUGUGACCAUUCCAAUAUGUGGCCUUGAUUCCAGAUUUGUGGCCUGGGCUCUGCGGGGUCCUCUGGGAGGUAAUCCACGCGAGUUCCUCUUUAGGGAGGAUGGAUCUCUGUCACAGUGGGUUCUGGGGUCACUACAGCAGAAUGCUGAAUUAGAGAAAAGGGAGAGAUCUGUUGCCCCAGAGGUAUGAAGUGACAAGUCACUUUGGUGUUCCUAGGGUCAGAGAAAGGUCUUUUCAAGGCGUCAAGUAUCCGUGUAUAAGGCUGUGAAUUUACUUCAGUCAAUGUGUUAAGGUCAUGCUGUAUGUAUAUUUAAAUCAUGUAAACAAAUAGGAAAAUGUGCAAUGAGGGAUGUGUUGGGUUAGAGGAUAGUUUUUUCAGUCUCUUGAACCUUAUUCUCCAAAAUGUGGUUUGUUAUUGAACUUGUUAAUGUUAUUUAAUCAUGCAGGUUUCUGGUCACUUUAUCCAUCAUUUACUGACAUAAAGGGAAAACAUGAAACACAGGAAAGGAAACACUAACUUUUGUAAUAAGUAGCCCUCUGUUUGGUUAUUUAAUCUCUGCCACAGGCUUUGCGUUGUAUUUGUUUGUUUCCAUUGUGGUGGAGGCUGGACCGAGGCCUGGCGUGUGCUGAGCUGGCCCCAUGCCGAGCUCUGCCUUUGAGACUCUGAUUGGUGCCUUUCCCCCCAGGCAGUGAGUGUCGCUAAGUCAUGGGCCCCAGCCCCACAGCCUUACCAGCUGACCCCACUGUAAGCCCGGUUCCUGGGCUCCACGGAGAGGGACCCUUGUCCUGGCUGGAAGUCAGCGCAUCCAGACCUGGGAUGAGCUGAGCACCUGGGCUUUAAGAUCUGUCUAGGCCACUGGGGGCAAACCCGUGUGUGCUGCCGCCAGCAGUUUGUAUCAGUGGCCACUCUAGAAGAUUCACCAUCACUGCUCUCGGUGAUUCUGUUGGUGCCAUGUGCCUCCGUUUCCUGGACCCCUCAUCACCAGCAAGGAUGAUUUUUUUUUUUCCUCAGCCAGGACAGCUGUGGGAGUGAGUGCUCCCUGGAGCACUCUGCCCAUAGCUGUUUCUGAGGUGGAACUAGAAAUAAAUCCUCAGCACUGGACAGAAUGGAAUACAGCUUCGUGGAUGGAUUUCCGGUCCUCAUUCUGACCGUCCACUUAGGAAUUAACUUCAGCAGACACCGAAAGGUCAACCUCUCCUUUUCAUCGUUUCCCUUUAAGAAGAGGCUGUACCGAAAGCCCAUUUGAAAAUGUGUCCUCUGUCAAUUGAAAUAAUGAGAAAAUGUGAAGUGUAGUGGGAGGCUUUUAUAUAUGAAAUAAAGGAUUAUUGGAUGUGAAAAAUUGCCUUUCAAGUUUCUAAAAGUAGAGACUUCCGGGAGAACAUGGCGGACAGAUAACAGCAACUACCGGAGGCUCUCUGAAAGACUCGGCUCAGAAGCCAGGAAUGGUGCGGACUAAGGAGACAUAAGCAGGUGGAGAUAUGCUCUGCUGACUCAGGAACGAACUGGGCUGAGAGAAACCAACUUGGAAUGCAGUCCUGGUGCUAAAACAUGAAGAGAAAAGCCUCGGUGUGGAGGCUGGACCCCGCGCCAUUGUAAGCCGCGAUUUGGGUUUCCCGCCGCGUGGCGGCUGGCUGCCUCUACAGUGGCUCGGCAAGGAGAGAGACACACAGAAGCUCUGAGAACGGCAAUCUGCGAACGGCAGGGAGGCGUGCACUGACUUGUGGUGAGGUGAGUGAGAGAAACUGACACUCUACCACAGUUUGACUCCAGCAGAGGACUUUCUGGGCCCAAGCAGUCCUGCGGGAGCAGGGCGCUGUGGCGACUCCAGCCACACAACCCCCUCUCAGGCGGGAUUGGUGAAAAGUGCCUGGCCUGCGUGACGCUGCCCUCGGACCUGGUAGACUGUCCCAACCCAGAUCCCAGAGCCUGACGGUGGCCGGGAGGGGAGACGCGUAGGCUGCCUGGUCCGUAACUCCCUGGUGCGCAGCGGUGAGCGGGAACACCUAACUGGCGCAAUUCGAUCAGGCUGUGGCUGACUGGGAGAGAAGCUGGGCCUCUUAUAUAAGCUUGCAUAUAUAAGGAACAGAGAAGAAGAGGCAGCAUGGGAAAAGGCAGCAACAAGAAAGGCUCCUCGGCCCCCAAUUCUGAGAAACAGGCAAUUGCAGACACCGCACCAAUAUACAUAAGGCACCAUAUAGAGAGCCUCAUAGACCAAUUCAGGAAUGAAGUUAUCAACGACCUGAAGCUAGAAGUAGGCAGAAUAGUUAGAGAAAUGCUAAGUACCACCCAAGAAAAAACAGGUGGUGGAAUGAAAGAACAGAAAAAAAGGGGAGAAUUGUUUGAUGGAGAAAACAGAGAAAGCAUAGAAUACGUGAAGCAGGUUCAAAGGCACUACCAAGAUACUAAGAAGUCUAUAGAAGACUGGCAUAACAGCUUGAAAGAAACUAAGGACAGACUAUCUGAACUGGAGGGCAGAUUUGUAAUAUGGGAGAAUGAAAUGAAAAACUUCUUAAAAAUAACAAAGAAACAAACAGCAAUAAUACAAAGACAAGAAGAUGAUAAGAGGAUCCAUAACUUAAGGAUUAAGAACAUAAAAGAAGAAGUAGGGACACAAACAAGUGAACUACAAAAGCUACUCACAGAAAUAAUCCAGGAGAAUUUUCCUAAUUUAGCAAAAGGUAAAGAUACUCAGAUAUAUGAGGCAUACAGGACCCCAGCCACCUACAACCCAAACAGAGCAACACCCAGGCAUAUAAUAAUAAAAAUUCCAGAAAUUCAAUACAAGAACAGAAUAUUAAAAGCUGUAAGAGACAAGAAACAGACCACUUACAAGGGAACACCCAUCAGAAUUACAGCAGAUUUCUCGGCACAAACCAUCAAAUCACGAAGAGCGUGGGGGGAAAUAAUUCAAGCUUUGAAAGAUAAUAAUCUCCAGCCAAGAUUGAGAUAUCCUGCACAACUGUCCCUGGAAAUUGAUGGAAAAACAAGGUGCUUCCAGGAUAAAGAGGAACUGGGGGAAUUUGCAACCACCAAUUCAACUCUAAAGAGAGUUUUGCAGGAUAUUCUAAAAAAAGAAAAAUACAAAGAAUCCAGAAAUAAUAGCAGAGAGGCCACAACGAAUGGAGCAGAGAACAAAAUGAAGAAGACAAACUGACAGCUACUGACAGAAAAAGAGCUCAACAGAAAUGAGGCAGAGAAGAUUGGAUGAUAGGAACAGCUAUUUUGGAGAAAAUGACAUCUUAAUAGGUAAUACUGAUUUAGUAUCAUCUUGUUUUGAAGUCUCAUCUAGCUUUUGUCCUUCUGUCUCCAAUGGUCUAAAUAGGCUGUAUCUUAUUGGAUUUUAUUAUGUACGAUAGUAUAAGCAAAAACCUUUUAAAGACAAGGAGAUUAUACAGAAACCAUUGUUCAUUUUCUGUUAGUCGAUUCUAAAUACUCUGUAAUGCUGUCAUUCUCUUGAAUGGUUUUACAUUGUUUUGAUAUACUUAAUGCUACAGUAUACGAAGUUGUACUCAAGGAUUUCAAAGAAAGAGACAAUAUGGUAACUACUUUUAGGUUAGGAUUAUCUGGUGGUGAAACACUAUUCUGCUUAAAUGGUUAUGUUUUGAUCUGCGCUGUUUCAUUGUUAUGCCCUCUUUUAUCUCAAUCUCCACUCCAUUAUUUACUUUUUUAUCUUUAUCCUUUUAAUUAAAGGAAAAAAAUAGCAGGAUAUAUUAUAGUAACCCACUUUGACUUUUCGUUACCUUGAUUUAAAGCCCUGUAUUAGUCUCACCAUCUGGUUUUUAACUGAUGUUCCCCUAUUCUGUUUUGCUGGAUAGUAUCAGGUUCGAAAGUUUAGGCAUCAGCUGUAAAGAUAAUGAGAUUCAUUAUGACGCCCAUUCUUGUUGACUUUUAUCUACUUUUGAAGACCUACAAUGUCUCCAAUGUUUUGGUUUUGUUGGUUUCGUUCUUUACUGUUUUGUUCAAUUUUAUUAUAACUGAUGAUAUAGGCAAUUCUAUUAGAGAUAGCGGGAGGCAUUAUGGUAACCAUUGUUGAUCACCUUGUAUUAUGUUUUUACAUUAUCUAUUAUGUCCACCCUUUUGACUUGACCGAGUCUGUUCUCUUAUGUCACAUUUGGUUUUACUCUCUUCCAAAAAAGUAAUAAGAACCGUGGGAGCAAUGAAACCCAAAAUGUGUAAUAGUCAUGGUACAAAAGAGAGGAAAAGAAAGUGCUCCAAACUAUAUAACUGCAUGUAUAUUUAAGUGUAUAAGAUAGAAAAUGAUAUCACAGAGUUUUAUUGGAUCAGUGAACAGAACUGUUUGCAGUAUCAUUGAUGGAAUGUCCACUUUACAAGCUUUAAUUUUGUGACUUGAACAAUUAUUUCUAAGAUGACAAUAUGUAAUCCAUUAACUAGUGAUUUCCUACUGUUCAUUUUUUUUCUGUAAAUCUGUAUAACUUGUACCCUUUCCCUGCUUUUUUUUUUUUCUUUUCUCCUUAAAUAAAAUUAAAAAAAAAAAAAAGAGAAAUGGGUGAAGGAGGGAGGAGAGGACGACAUAAGGGACUCAGCCUUUGGCUGAGAAAGCUGCAGGAUUUGGUGUGUGAGAUAUAGGGGAUAGGCUUAGGAGCUGCCUCCUAAGUGUGGGAAGAGGGAGGGAUCCUGGAGGAGCAGAGUGAGUGAAGGACACAUCCUUCCUAAAGAUGGAGAGUUUCUGCCAACUUGCUGCCAUUGCGAUAAAAGCGUAAAUAAAAGAUUAGCUUUUUGGUUUUGGGUAGCCUUUUGAAACAGGCACCCCAGAGGUGUGUUUAUUGGGGGACAGGAAAAAAUAUUUCCCAUGAUCCAAUCACAGUAAAGUGAGCUAAGGGACGUGACCCAAAGCAGACCAGAUCGUCACCUGGCCUUUUAGACCGACGGCAAUCAGUUCCAACUCGUGUCUGUAUAGCCACCACUAAAAGCACAAGUGGAGUCCUGGUAGAUUAAAGUAUUGGCUCUGCUCUGGGCUGCCCAAGGGAUGUGAGAACUGCUACCCCAGACCAGGGACAGAAGGAAGAUCCGGCAUGGGGCCUGGCCCACCAUGAAGUAAUCCUCAGACAGAAUUAGACCAGUGUUGUUUGUAAACCAGCAGCGACAAGUUGAGCAGCUCCUGCAUAUUGAGAAAUGAGGAAUUAAUCCAGGAGGCGAUCCAGUUCAUGAAUCGGCAGGGGAACUCAAACUGGGAAGACCCCAGGAGUCACUCGCCCGCUGUUCCGGUUGGGGAACCAACUAAUAGAAUUUUUGGGUAAAAAGAUACAAAUAUGAAAUAAAAGUGGCCUUUAUUUUGAGAACGCAGAGAACCCCACGAUCACUGAAGUCUGGCUUAUCUCUCUACCAGACACAUGGUGUGGGGGGCAUACAUAUAGCUUUGGUUUGGGGUGAUGGUAAGGGGCAUUACUGAUGUACAAGUAGCCCAUUGGAAUUCGUUUCGCACCACAGGCAAAUUGCCUAGGGGCCAGGAAGAUGACCUCAAGAUAAAGCCCCUUGGUUCCGUCUCCGAGGUUCUUAAGGCUGCAGUGUCCAGGGCAAAAUCCUUUCACAUAGAAUACAAAUUAAUCAGUUUCAGUUUGACAUUUCCAUACAUACAUAUGUUAUAUUUUGAUCAUGUGCAUGUGAGGUUUAUUAGCCUGCCUUACUAUAUUUUGGAUCUCUUUCCAUAUUAAUAAAUGUAUAUCUUCAGCAA